AUGCAUCUACUCGAUUUGCCAGUAGAGCUUUUGCACGAAAUCCUUGGUUGGGCUAUUUUAGUCCGGGGAAUCAAGCGCGGCCUCCGGUUACGGCUUGUGAAUAGUAGGCUUUGCUCUGCCGACUGUGCCAUCUUCUGCUUACCAACGGCUAUAGGGAUCUUUGCUAGCGAGAUUGUGGCUGCGCUUUCGCUAUUGAAGCUUCUUGAUACCUACUUCAAGCCCCUGCCCGUUGGCAGCGACGAGGCUGUACCUUCUAUCGCUACAACGUAUCUUGAACGCCGAGUGUUGAACGAGCGUCGCGGUGGGGCUCCUGUGCUACUCUGGAUUCGCAGCGUCGCCAACCGACUAAGCCAAGAGACGGAUGACGAACGAAACGAGUACGACUACGUUCGGCAGCUAUGCCCUCUUGUGUUAGAAACAUAUAGCCUACGCGUACGCCUCGACGAGCUAUGGACGGUGGACCAAGCCGUGGGAUGGUAUGACGGGCUUUUCAACGAGAGCAACUUAGAAACUGAUGUCUAUAUCACUGCCGUAUACACACAAACGCUCUCUGUUGUUUCCAGAUGGAUCUCGAGCAGAAGGGGUUUGGCGAAAAGCAGUCAUCUCUUUGGUAGGGCACAUCACCAUGCGGCUCGGUACGGUAACCACGAGCUUCUU